AUGUCGUCAGCACCGCCAACCGCUGCCAACAUGGGCUCAGACCUCAAGGACACCGCCGCGCCAGCCAAAGUUAAGCACCAAAAGGCUAAACGCGACGAAUGCAUGCUCUUCUCGACAUCGAACGACCCCCAGAAAGAGUGCUUCACCCUCGUCGACGACUACAAGAAGUGCAUGGCUGGAUACGGCUUCAAGAUAUAG